AUGCAGCUCCUCUCAGGGUGCAGUCAGAGCAGUGUGGUGGCUGGCUAUUUCUUCUUCAAGGAUGGCCACACCCUGAGGUCAGACUGGCCCUCACCAGAGUUUUGGAUCUCAUCAAUACGGAAGGAAGACUCAGGAUGUUACUGGUGUGAAGUGACGACAGCAUCUCACAGUGUCUCAAAGCAGAGUCACCGAUCCUAUAUACAAGUGCAGAUUGAACAUCAGCGAAUCCCCGUGUCUGGAGUGUUCCUGGAGACCCAGCCCCAGGGGGACCAGGCGGUCGAAGGGAAGAUGCCGGUCCUUGUCUGCUCUGUGGCUGAAGGCACAGGGGACACCACGUUCUCCUGGCACAGAGAGGACACGAGUGAGAGUCUGGGGCAGAAAAGUCAGCGUUCCCAGAGAGCAGAGCUGGAGAUCCCUGUUAUCAGGGAGAGCCACGAAGGGGGCUACUACUGCACAGCUGACAACGGCUACGGCGUCAUCCAGAGCGAGGCGGUGAACGUCUCUGUGAGAAUUCCAGUGUCACAUCCUGUCCUCACUUUCAGUACUUCUGGGGCCCAGGUCUUCACUGGGGACGUGGUGGAGCUUUGCUGUGAGGACAAGAGAGCAUCUCCCCCCAUCCUAUACCAGUUUUAUCAUGAAAAUGUCACCCUGGGGAGCACCUCGGCGCCUUUCGGAGGAAGGGCAUCCUUCAACCUCUCUCUGACCACAGGGCAUUCUGGUAACUACGCCUGCGAAGCCGACAACGGCCUGGGGGCCCAACCCCAAGAGGACAUUUCUGAAUGCGCUCUGACCCCUUCUUUUACAGAACAUCCACCUAAAAUCCGCUUGGUGAAUGGUGCCCACCACUGCAAUGGGCGGGUGGAGGUGGAAAAGGAAGGUCGCUGGGGCACUGUGUGUGAUGACGGCUGGGACAUGAAGGAUGCGGCCGUGGUGCGCCGGGGGCUGGGCCGUGGAGCAGGCAAGCACACACCUGUAGGCAUGUUGUAUCUGCCAGUGGCAGAAGAGGACCAAUCUGUAUUUAUUCAGGUAGCCCUGUGCAAUGGGACAGAAGAGGCACUGGCUGGAUGUGAACAGGUUGAGACCUUUGACUGUGGGCACGAUGAGGAUACAGGCGCAGUGUGUGAAGGUGGGUGA